UACAUUUACAUUUACAGGUUGAGUGGUUAACUGAGAAGAUGAGAGAAGCUAACUUCACUGUUUCAUCAAUGCACGGUGACAUGCCACAGAAGGAACGAGAAACUAUAAUGAAAGAGUUCAGAGCUGGAGACAGUCGAGUUUUAAUAACCACAGACGUGUGGGCAAGAGGUCUUGAUGUUCAGCAGGUCUCUCUUGUCAUUAAUUAUGAUCUUCCUAACAGUCGUGAGCUCUACAUCCACAGGAUUGGUCGUUCUGGUAGAUAUGGCAGGAAAGGUGUUGCCAUUAACUUUGCAAAGAAUGAUGACAUACGCAUACUGAGGGACAUUGAGCAGUACUACUCCACACAGAUUGAUGAGAUGCCCAUGAACAUUAAUGAGCUUGUCUAACAUUUUCUCUUUACAUUAUUAUUGUCUAAGUAUAAAAAAUAUGUCAGCUUGCAUUGUAAUUUUAUUUU